AUGGCACCCGCAUUGCUCCGGAACGAUUCUUAUGAUCUUGAACCUCGGAAAUCUCCGUCAUCUUCGAGAUCCAAGGUCACCUCUAUCCCUAAAGUUUCCGAAAUAGAUUUCAACGCAUACGAAACUGAAGAGCGUCUCAUCGACGAUAUCAUAUCAAGCCUCAAAGUUUCCGGCGGCUGCAUAAUACGCAGCAUGUACCAGCAAUCCACCCUCCAUGCCAUGGAGCAAGAAAUACGGCCCUAUAUAAAUGCCACCGGGAAAGCAACUAGUACCACCUUAUCGAACUCCUGGCAUGGCACUCAAUCCCGCACCAGCACCUCCGCCCCCCAACUCAGCACCACCGUCACUUUCUCCAUCUCCCCCGGCACGCCCGCACAGGGCCUCCACCGCGACGACGACAUCUACCACACCCAGCACCCCGCCGCGCCCUCGCACCACCUCGGCCGCGACACCAUGCUGUGCCUCUUCGUCGCCGGCAAGAAAUGCACACCCGCGAACGGUGCCACGCGCUUCGUCCCCGGGAGCCAUCUGUGGGACUACUGCGUGCCGCCGCCAACUUAUCCUUCAUCAGCCGACACGAACGGGAACGAGGAUGGGGAUCAUACGCUCUUCGCACAUGCGGCCAUGAAUCCCGGCGAUGCUUUCAUGAUGCUCGGCGGCACUUAUCACGGCGCGGGGUCGAACACCACGCGCGACGAGGAAAGGCUGGUGUAUGCGGCGUUUGCGACUAGGGGGUUUCUGAGGCAGGAGGAGAACCAGUAUCUGGCGAAUCACUUGGAGAGGAUACGGGAGCUGCCGAUAGAAUUGCAGCGGUUUGCGGGCUUUGGGGCGAGUAAGCCGUAUAUGGGGUGGGUGGAUAUGGAGGAGCCGGUGAGGUUGUUGAAUGGGGACGGGGUGGAGAUGGGGGAGGUGGAGUUUUGGUAG